AUGAUGAUGGAGUCCAGUAUCAACAGCGCAACAAUCUUACCACCCUACGAAGAAGAAUUCGAACCGGUUGAUAAUCUUCAUUGGUCUCCAGAAACAGCAAACAGUAUUUAUUUGUUUUGGAUACACCAGCUUCAAGCAUCGAAUUGUUCAACUUAUCCAAAUGUAACAGACGCAAAUUUUGAUAAAGACUGCAAUGGAAAUGUAGUCAUUACAUGUAGUAAAGGUUUUCAGAUGGAACAAGGGCUGGAAUGUGUUGAGGAAGAAUGGAGUUAUCAAAACCCAAUAUGUAAACGAACAGAAUGUAGUUACAAGUAUUCAAAUGAAACAGAUGUCCAUCCGAUAGAAAUUGAUUACGAAAUGGCAUCUGAUCAGGCGCAAUGUGAUGAUAAUUGUAAGUUUACUGCUGGGUGUGCCGUUUCAUUUUUCGACCCGGACUCUUAUUGUCAUCUUUACACAGCACCGCUCAUCUUUAUGUCAUAUAAUACAGAUUUAAACCAAUGUAUUGAAAAGUGUAAGGAGAGGAGUGACUGUGUAACAGUGAGCAGUCGGAUAUCUGAUACACAAUCAUGUUAUUUAUUGAACGUUACCCAGGCUGAGAUACCUGGUGACUGGAAAGGUGACAAUUCGAUGGGAAAAUGUACCGUAGUAGAAAAAAUAUGUUAA